AUGGUUUAUCUUUGCCUAUCUAGUAGCACGCUACUACGAUCCCAACCACUGGUCACUCCGCGCAGCUUCCUCCGCUACAAAUCCAUUACUGCCGCCAUCGAGAGGGGCAGGCAGGGUGGACCAGACCGACCCUUCAGACCGCGGACACGAAACAAUCGCAACGAUGAAAGAGAUGAACCGGUGAAGACCCGCCGUGAGGCACGGUUCGAGAAAUUCGGUCCUCCUCGCGACGAUCCAGAACCAAGAUUCGGUGAUCGCUCGACUGUGACACCUCGCAGUAGCAGAUUCGGACGUAUACCCCGUGAUGACGAUGCACCCAGUCGGUUCAAGGAAGAGCGACCUAGUGGCUCUGGAAGAGAACGAUCGAGCGGUUUUGGAAGAGAGCGACAAAGCGGGUUUGAGCGAGAGCGACAAAGCAAUUUCGGAAGAGAUGCGCGCGGAACGGGAGCUGAGCAGCGCCCACACAACACCAGCGACGCACAAACAGAAUUCAUGAGGCUGCAUCGCGAGAGAAGACAGUCUUCCCCGUACUCGUUUGAUAAGAUAGGGAGACGGAUGGGUGAUACAAAACCACCAGGAGCUUUCCGACGCGAUGAGGAUGGCUCUAGGUCCCGGCCUCGCAUGACAAAUGAUCGCAACGAUUCACGGAAACAGAAGCCAGAGAGAACUUGGAGGGAUGACAGGGCGCCUUCAUAUACCACCCGUACUCGCGAUGUAGUAGACGAAGGUGUUACUGAAGCACGAUCCUCUCCAAUGGGAUCAGGCGCCCCAAGAGAUGACGAUGCAACAUCUUAUAGUCCGCGAACGCGCGAUGGGAAUGACCGUUCGUUCGAACCACGAUUCUCCCACAGACCGGAUUCGAAGGGCGCUAGAAGAGAGCGCUACGGACGAGAGUCGUCUGAUGCCGGCUCCGCGACAAGAAGUGGCCCAGACGCACAAAAGCCUUCCGUGCGAGGACCAGAGUCACUCCCUUACACGACUGCUGCUUCAGAGUUCGUUUACGGGUAUGGCAGCGUGGUCGCUGCGAUCAAAGCGAACCGGCGUAAGUUCUACAACCUCUAUGUACACUCACGGGGUGCGAGUAGAGAGGGCCUCAUGUCUCGUAUCAGGUCCCACAAGCUAUUCCCCAUCACACAAGAAGUUGGAGAUGAGUAUAUGCGCGCUCUGGACAAAGCGAGUAGUGGUCGCCCACACAACGGCGUGAUCCUCGAGGCAUCGCCUCUGCCUGUUCCUCCUAUCACUGAGCUGAAGACGGCGUCUCUCGAAGACGAGAGCUUUAGGGUUGCACUUGACAGCCAAAGUGCUGAAGACGUGCUCGUCAACGGCAAGCAAGAGCUAUACUCUUACAAGUCUGGAGGGUGGAGACACCCGCUGAUUCUCUACGUCGAUGGGGUAGUCGAUGAAGGCAAUCUUGGGGCUAUCGCACGCUCAGCCUAUGUCCUGGGUGCGGAUGCCAUCAUUACACCGACCCACCAUACCGCAAACUGGAGCCACAUCGCGGUCAAGGCCUCGGCUGGUGCCGCUGAAGCUAUCCCGCUUUUCAAAGUCGGAGACCCAACCGACUUCCUAAAGAAGAGCGCAGGUGCAGGAUGGUGCAUAUACGCGAGCGACGCGAUUCCGCCUGCGCCAUCAAAUCUCUCGUCAUCCGACGACGCACCCGAGCCCGGGGCCAACAAGGUAGUUUACACUAUUUCGCAGGGUAGGAAACGUCUUCCCGCCGACCACAGCCCAGUUGCCGAGCACCCCACGAUCCUCAUGAUGGGUGCUGAGGGCACAGGAUUGAAGACCAGUCUGGUCAACCUGGCGAGAUACAAGGUCGGAAUCCCCCAUGGCCGCGAGGCCAACGAGGUCGGAGUCGACAGUUUGAAUGUUAGCGUUGCUGCGUCGAUACUCUGCUACGAGAUGCUGCAGAAGCCGAGGACACAGCCUAAGCGCGACCCCGAAAACGUUGUCUUCUAG